CGCCGCCUGUGAGUCAGGGCUUUGCCGGGCACGGGCGGCAGCCGCGGCCGGAGCGGGCUCGCAGCCUCCGCCGCGGGGCCCCCAUGGAGAAGGCAGCAGCGGCGAGCGAAGGCGGCGGCAGCAACAGCAGCAGCCGCAGCAGCAGCCGCCCCACGUCGGCGGGCUCGUCGCCCUCGUCCUCCUCCGCCAGCCGCGGGCUGCCGGGCCGGGCGGCGGCCGCGGGGAGGCUGGACGGAGGCGGGGGGGGGGGCCGGGGCGGCGGCGGCAGCAGCCCCGGCUCGGCGGCGGCCAGCCCGGGGGGCGCGCAGGCGCCCGGUGGCAGCGGCAGGCGGCGGGAGCCGGUGCUGGAAGGGACGCUCAGCAAAUACACCAACCUUCUGCAAGGCUGGCAGAGCAGGUACUUUGUGCUGGACUUUGAGACGGGGAUUCUGCAGUAUUUCGUGAAUGAACAAAGUAAAAACCAGAAGCCACGUGGAACCUUGUCUUUAGCUGGAGCUAUAAUAUCACCCAGUGACGAAGUGCCACACAUGUUGGUGGUCUACUCUGCUAAUGGAGAGAUGUAUAAAUUGAGAGCUGCUGAUGCAAAGGAGAAACAGUACUGGAUAACUCAGCUUCGAUCCUGUGCCAAACAUCACAAGGAAGGUAAUUCUAAGAGCAUUUCAUCCUCACGAAGUAGAAGCUCAUCUCUUCUGCCACCUGGGACAGUUAAUUCUGCAUCUCCUAGUGGCCAGAAACAUAUGAAUCAAAGUGGGCCAACUGUUGUAACCAUUACACAUCACAAAUCACCUGCAGCUGCUCGAAGAGCGAAGAGCCAGCGUUCUGGUCAACUCCAUGAAGUCAGAGAGAUCAUGAGCCAAGUUGAGGGACAACAGAAGAAUCUUGUACAAGCCAUUGAAGCUCUCCCAAGUUCUGGGCCACUUUCUGCCUUGGAUCAGGACUUGCUGCUUUUAAAAGCUACCUCUGCUGCCACCCUGAGCUGCCUUGGAGAAUGUUUGACUCUGUUACAGCAAAGCAUGCAUCAAGUGGGCCAGCAUCAUAACAGGACACUGUCAUCAGAAGGUAUCCUGGGAUGGCCUGGGCCCAAGUCGCACUCCACAGAGCAACUGAAAAAUGGUGCCCUCAGCUCCUUAUCAUCUGCUAGUGCCAACAUUACAUGGGCAAUAGUACCAUCUGCAGCCCAGGAUGGACAGGCAUUACAACCAAAUACAGAGCAUUCAGCUUCUGAGUUGAUCCUAGUUGAAGAUGAAAUGACAGAUACUGAAGAUAACGAAGAGGAGGAUUUAGGAGUCAUGGAUGAUCAACGUAGUGUAAUUCUCCAUCUCAUCUCUCAGCUCAAACUUGGCAUGGACCUAACCAGGGUAGUGCUUCCAACAUUUAUUUUGGAGAAAAGAUCCCUGCUGGAGAUGUAUGCAAAUUUCAUGGCCCAUCCAGACCUGUUUUUGUCAAUUGCAGCUGGAGCCACUCCCGAGGAAAGAAUUAUCUGCUUUGUGGAGUAUUAUCUAACAGCUUUUCAUGAAGGCCGAAAGGGAGCGGUUGCCAAGAAGCCCUAUAACCCUAUAAUUGGUGAAACGUUUCAUUGCUCGUGGGAUGUGCCUAAAGAUAAAGUGAAAGCAUUCAGAACUAACGGUGCCUCCACGGUUCCUAAGGACCCAACCAAGGAGUUUGGCCAGGACCAGUCCACGUGCUACAAGCUGAGGUUUGUAGCUGAACAAGUAUCCCAUCAUCCACCGGUUUCUUGCUUUUACUGUGAGUGCAAAGAGAAGAAAAUGUGUGUGAACGCUCACGUAUGGACCAAAAGCAAGUUUAUGGGCAUGUCAAUAGGUGUUUCUAUGGUAGGUGAAGGUGUUCUUUACUUGAUGGAACAUGAAGAAGAGUAUGUUUUCACCCUGCCUAGUGCCUAUGCUCGCUCGAUACUUACCAUCCCAUGGGUGGAGCUUGGAGGGAAAGUCAACAUCAGUUGUGCCAGAACGGGCUAUUCUGCUACAGUCACAUUCCAUACCAAGCCAUUCUACGGAGGAAAGGUCCACAGGGUUACAGCUGAAGUGAAACACAAUCCCACUAAUACCAUUGUAUGCAAGGCGCAGGGAGAAUGGAACGGUACUCUGGAAUUUACUUACAGCAAUGGAGAAACCAAAGUGAUUGACACUAACAAACUGCCUGUUAUCAGGAAAAAGAUUAGGCCGAUAGCAAAGCAAGGCCCACUGGAAUCAAGGCACCUUUGGCAACAUGUCACCAAUUCUCUGAAAGAAGGCAAUAUUGAUGCAGCAACAGAACACAAGCACCGCCUUGAAGAGAGACAGCGAGCAGAAGAGAGGCAACGUGUGGCUCUUACAAUGCCGUGGAAACCAAAAUAUUUUGCCAAAGAGGGUGAUGGUUGGCUAUACUUGAAUCCUCUCUGGAAGACUCACUGACGGGAUAGAGCAGUUGCCUCAUAACUUUACCUUAAAGGCAUUAAAAUGAUACAGUAUAUAACUUCAAGAUGUCAUUAAUAGGUCCUGUUAUCAGAAGAUACAAAUGAGAAGCUAUAUACUGUGAAUGAUGCAUCUCAAAAUAACCACAAGCUCAAGUUUAUUCAGGAGCCAUUUUGUGUGUAUGGAUACACAAACACACACGCACACGUCCAUAUAUACACACAUAUAUACACGCAGUGUGUAUGUGUUUGUGUGUGUAUUAUUUACACUACAUGUAAACAAGUAUAAACACUAACAGUGAUUUAAAGACCUUUUCCUCUAAGUGUUAGGGCAUAGAACUCCUGCUGGACUCAGCUGGGGUUCCCCGAGUUGUGUGCUUGCAGGAUCAGGCCCUUUGCUAGUAUUUAAGAAAAUACUUUUUUAUUAGUACCGGUUAAGGUUUUUCUAUUUUUCACUUUUGCCAAAAAUGUUUUGCACUUCAAAUGUGAUGUGUCACUUAAUGGCAGUCAUUCUGUCUAAACAGUCAUUGAGUAACUCACUUUGACAUAAGAAUGAUACGCUGACAGCGCGCUUGCUCUUCGGGAUGCCAAUUUAAGAGCAUGUUUCCUGUCACUUAUAAGUGGGAAUUUUCUGCCAUCUUAUAAGAAGUAGCAAUACCUUCUCAAGAAGAUUGUUCGCACUAACCCGUUGUGUCCUCACUUUUUUGUUUGUUCAUACUUCCAGCUGUUUAAUAGAUCUCUGGUCACCAGUGAGCCAGCUGCUCUGGUAAUUUUGAUCUUGCUGUGUCACGUUCUCUGGCUACUGUCAUGCCAAUGCUUUUGGGUUACAUGUUCUGCUAAAUCCCUUCUGGCAGGUGUAGCUGUGGUGGUCCAGCUCACUCUUGCCUCAGCUUCCCACCCCGACGUAAGCGAGGCCCGGCCUGGCCGUUGGGCUGUGUCACAGCCUUGCCUUCCAAGUUAAACCACUGCUGAUGCGUUCCUGCUGAAAUAAAUGCCAGGCUGUGCAUUGAGGCGGGUGAGGCUGGGUAGGAGUCCUGUCCUGGUGUGCCGCUGCGACGGGCGUCAGCCUUCCCCACCCGCUGGGAGGCGGGUUCUGAACACUGCUCUGGGAAAGGAGACGGAGCUCGUCUGGUCAGAGCCCUUAAUUCCAUAUUAAGGCUCCAAGCAGACCUGUAUUUUGAUUUCUUUUGCUUUUGACCCAGUUGAUUGCUUCUGGAUGCGAAAUACUUGGAUGAAUAGAGACAAUAUAACUAGCCUUCUCAGAUGAAUGAUUUUCUGAUGUAAAAGUAACAAUUUAGUAAAUUAUUACACUGAGACAAUAACUUCAUUAAUGAAACAAACAAAAUGGGAUAUAAUUUGUUUUGUAAAGUAAAAAAAAAGUAAGUAAACAAUCCUGUAGCUUCAUCUUGCUUUGUCAUGUAACCACUGUGACAUUAAGAAAGUGGAUUCUAAAAGUGUGUUAAGGCUUUGUUGCGUUUUAGUUCAUAUUUGUUGAAAGUGAAGAUGUUUUUGAGAGAAGUGGCAACAAAAGGCAAACGUAAAAUGUGCUGACUGCUGCUCAGUGCUUCUUUCUACAGUGCCCUGUAAAGAAACCACUAUAUUUCUAACAUACAGUAGCAUGGAUGCCUACCUUUCUGUAGUACUGAUUAAUUUUGUGCCUUUUGUCUGCUGUCUUAAUACAAUAACUUAGGCUUUAUAGAUACUACACAAAUAUAUUUAGGUCAAAGCGCUGAGCUUGUAUCUGUUCUUGUGCGUCCUGCAUUUUAUAAUUAUUUUUUUGGUAGAUGUUAAAAUAUCUGGAGCAACUCAGAAGGCUAAAUGGAGGUGUGUACACAAGGAAACAUGCCAGUAGUUUUUCAUUUGGACAUAAUAUUUAAUAGAUCUUUAUGUUUGGACUUCAGAUCCCUAUUUAAUGAAGGUGUGGCUCCUUUUUUCCUCCUAAAUGCUAUUUUGUCUGCUUGUGUGUCCUUUUUUUGCACAUUAGAAAGAUUCAUGUAUACAUGAUUUAAAUCCUAUUUAAAAAAAAAAAAUAUGGAGUGUAUGAGCUUGGUUUUGUAACUGACACUUUUUUUUUUUUUUAAAAGGGAAAAAAAAAAAUCUUAUUUUUAGGAAUAGUUCAUGUUUUUCUGUAUCAAAACCAAAAUUAUGCUGUCAUAGUAAUCACCGAACUACUACCAAGUAUCAUCAGGAAAACGUCUUUAUCACCUGCAAGAAUUAACUUUAUAAUGGAUCCACUCUCAUUCUAGAGGUUAGCCUGAAAAGUAACUAGACGUAUUCAUACAGUUUAUAAUAUCAUCACAAAGAAAAAUCGAAAAUACAGAAUUAAACACGUGGAAUAUCCUCCCAGAACUCUUGACUUUCACACACCAAAGAACAAGCCACAUACAUACUCACUAAAAAUAGCCAUUGAAAACCUGUCAGGCAUGCAGGCCCGCCCUCCUGAAAGAGUAGACCUCUUUCAGCUUUGAUGGCAUGACUGUCGAGGCUACAAAGAUGCUGUAGCCAUUCUUUUAAGGAGAAGUUUGAAUAAUUUUAUGCUUGUAAUUUAUUGAAGAUUUUUUCUGUCUGCAUGGUUGGUUGUUUCUGCAUGCCGAGAACAUUCCACUUGUGCUCUGACAAAUGUUUUGUUUUGUUCUGAUGCUGUGAAUAAUCCCCUGAUAUCUUUACCACUGUUUCUCUUCCAAAGUAACUUGGGAGAGGCAAACAUAAAAAUAGUCCUUUCUGAAAAGAUGCCAUCAGUGAGAGAUUCCAGAACAAGAUUCACAAGUGUCAUUUUAUUUUUCUGAUAAUUAUGUGUUCAGUAUAUUUUACAGGGCUGAAAAGUAAAUAUUCAUAAGCCUUAUUCUGUAGGUUGUUCCAAUAGCUGUCUUGGAUUUGUAAGUAAAUAUUUUCCUUUUCAAGUAGCCAAUGUACACUCUGAAUUGUAAUGUAAAAACCUCCAUGUAGUUCAAUUUUUUUUGUGCACACCUGUAGAAAGCCUAUGCAACCUUUUUCUUUCUUAAAUUAGAGAUGUUCAGAAAGAAAAUUUAUACCUUUAUCAUUUAAAAGAUGCUCUGGCAGUCUCUUCUGAUUUGCCUUCCUUUCAUAAUUUGUGAAUUUACGACGACAAUGCUGAUGAAUAAAAGAUUUGUUUCAUUUA